UAACCGUAAGUUUCUCUUGAAAAUGACUCACACAGGUAAAACGCAACAAGUCGGAUAGUCAGGUCACCGAAAGAUACCUAGUUACACCUGUUACGUGGAACCCUUAUCGUACUCAAUAUUUGACAUGUGAGGUGCUAAAAUUUAUUUUUAAUUUCUUUAGUUUUUAACAUCACACGAAAAUGUGGCGGUAUUGUACGUUAUUAUUGUGUUUUUUUGUUGUUUCUAUUGAAAGUCAAGGAUUGGCGGCUACGACAACUGUUAAAUGCGGUGAAAAAGUAUGUAACUUGUAUGAAUACUGUUCGAAAUUUGACGGAUCGUGUCAAUUAUGUAGUGAUAUUUGCAAUAGUACCCAUCAUAAUUUCGAUAAGUAUCAAUGCGAAGAAAGAUGUCAAACUUACUUACACGAUAUUCGAUAUGUGAAACUAGAUGGUGGUGUAUCUGGAAACGAAGACCUCAAAGCAACCGUAAAGCAGCUUUCGAAUAUGGUAACAGUAACUCUGACAUUAGUAUGUCUUCUGCUAGUGGUUCUUGCGUUUUUCCUCUGUUUCCAGUUCUACAGAUGGAAAGAAAAAAAGAACAUAACAUUCGCAUCUCUAAAGGACAAACUUUUUGGAAAAAAGACCGGUGACGUGAAUACAGCAGCAACAAACAACGUACCUGAACCGUCGUUUAAGAAGGGGGGAGAUCUAAGACUGGACAUCACGUCCAACGCAUCACAUUCAGAUCAUAGUCCUGUCACUUUAUCCACAUCUAUCAGCAGACGUCCAGCUGAAGACAGCACACUUGAUUACGCUUACGACAACCACGGUAUGACUCCUGCAUCACGGUGAAACAGUCCAUAGUUUCUAAAUCUUAAAAUAUACGUUAAGAAGCGGAACGGGAACUCCUUCAAUAUGGAUUCACCUAAAUUUAUAAGCAAUAACAAUGAUGAUAUUAAUCUCAAAAUAAUUUUGAACUGUUGACGCAAUCCUUUGUAAUUUUUUUUUUGUAUAAAUCCAUAUUAAAACAUUGCGCAUUUUAUACCUCUAAGAACAAAACGAAUUCGCCCGUGAAAAGGCGGCGGUAGUUGUGGUGAAAUAUCUCACAAAAUCCAUGCAGACCCGACCGGUUCGAACCAUCACAUGUAGGUUUCAUUUGUUUUAAUAUCGAACUUUUUUUCAAAGGUUUUAUUCUAUUUUUUGUUUCCGCUUUUAUGAAAUGAACCCUUUCUAUGGUGUGCUCCUUCUCCUCUUCUGAAAACUUUUUCCUAUGUACUGGUAAAGUUGCUGGUGGUCGCCGUGCAGAAAGCAGGUCGGAGCUGUGGUAGUUUUUUCCUGGUCCGUUCAAGAGUAUAAUAUGCGCGAUCCUUAAUGUAAUGUCACUUAUAAAUUAUUCAUUUUUUUAUAAAAAAUUUAUUUUGUUGAUGGAGAUUUAUUGAUAAUUUCGUAAAAAAAUUAUCACGAUUUUCAAUAUCGAUUUUUAACGAAUUUAUCUAUGUGCUUUAAAAUAAUCAAAUAAUCGAUUAAUUAAUAGUUGUGAGAGUAGUUUUAUAUUGAAUAAAACAGAAUCAAGACAAAUUCAUACGUACCCUGACCACCAGAGAGCGUUGGUAGUUCGAUUUCGAUGAAAUCUCCUAGUCAGCGACUGUAGAUUGUUGUUAUAAAAAUUUGAUGAAAUACGCCCAUAUAUAUGUUCAAAAUAAGCACAAAAUUCAAAAAAUAUUCAAUUUUGCAUUUAAAAGAAUAAAAUUUAUCUACAUUUAUUUAAAAAGUUCCACUACAAAUGUGGAAUUUUUGGUCAGGUGCUUUCCAAAGUUAUUUAUGCAAAAAUUUUGACUUUUAACUCCUUUAAAAAUCUAUCUAGGUAACUGGAUUACAUUUAAAGUUAUUUAAAUUUGAAAAUUCUAUACCUAUAUCAAUUUCGAAGUUUUUAUUCAAAAUUUUCGGAAACUUUCUGGGGCUGCUGUUUUUUCUAAAACGGUUAAUAUUAAGUAUAAUAUUUAGUUAUGGUGUAUUUCAUAAGAAAAUAUUUCUAACAAUAAAUACUUUGGACAGUAUUCAAAAGUGCCAUUCAUGUAAAACGUUAGUUUUUAACACAGUUGAAAUUUAUUUCUUAAAAAAUAAAUAGAAUAAAUAAUAUUCUUGUUGAUCAGUUUUUUAAAGAUCUGUAUUAUUUAUAAAAUUAUGGAUUUAUGUUAAGUAAUCCAACCUAAUCUUAUUCAAAAGAUUUAGAACAGUUUAAAGCUUCAAAUUUUCCAACAUAAUGAAUCCGUCACGAGUUGUUUUAUGUACUCGAGCUACCUUUUCGUUUACCUAAAAUAUCUCCGUCUCGAGUUGGCGCAUCUUUAUCUCAACGGAUCAAAAAUCAUAUUGUAGCACACCUAUUUUAAUAAAUGUUUGAGCCUUUGUAAUAGCAGUACUGUCUUCAACAUUAAACUGAAAGCAAUUUCUUAAUCGCUCCUAAAUAUUCAGCAUUAAAGAUUGCCACUUCUAACCAAGUCAACACUGGUUCGGGAGGUGGAAGUACAUUCGGCAAUUCUUCCCUGUAGAAUGAAUCCAUAAAGAAGUUUUGAAAAAUACAUUUUUUAUGCUGCUAAUCAGUACAUUUACAUAAAAAAAUUCACAUCUAAUAUGUUCAAUUACUCUGUUGCGUUCAAGAGACCCACCUUGACUACAUGGAAAAUUCUACCUGGUUAAGCCAGAAAUCGCAUUGAGAAAAUCACGAAAAAUUGACAACACUCCUAAAUAUGCACGCAAUAUGCAUUUAGCAUAGAAUCCGCUCUCCAGUAAUUACAUUGAAUGUCACUUUGGAACUACCACCUUUCUCGGGUGUUCAGGAUAAGUACUAAACAUAUACAAGUACCUAAAAUCGUACUAUUUUCAUCCAGAGUAAUCAGCUGGCAAUAAACUGUGGUACAAAACUCGAAAUAUCUUUAAAAUAAGACUAUAUAUUUACAUUGAAGUUAAAAAGAAUACAUUAGUUCUUAUAUAUUCCAUCUUGAGGAAAAACUUUUCCCCUAUUUUGAACUUAUUCUAUUAGUUUCCAAAAUAGAGACAACACUUUUUUAUUUGUAUGCUAUAGUUUGAUAGAUAUACGAAAAACUAUCAUAUAUUUGGUUGAGAACCGAAUACCUGCUCUAAAUUUUACAUUUUACUCUAGAAAUCUACAUUAUUUUAGUCCUAAUAAUUAUUUCAGUAAGUGAAAUAUUUACAAAAAAUAGUCGAAAUAUCUUUGUUUGUAAAAGUGUUUCAAAUUGUUAUAAAAGUUCUAUUAUUUCAUGUGUACUUCCAAGUUAGAUGUAUUCUUUGAUAUAAGAUUUUGUACAAGUUAAUAGAAAGCCUCGUUGUUGUAUCUUUCUAAAUUGUUUCUUUCAAGACCUCACUUGUAAUAUAAAAAAUUGAUUCAAGUAAUCGAAAGUGAGAUACACAAAAAUGUUAUCAAUUCAAUUAAUUCCCAUAUUUUUCGCUAGUUUAUAUCCUUAAUUUUGUCUGAUUUGUCUAUAGGUAGAAAAAUUUCAUUUCAAUCGAUGUUCCAGAUUGCUCGCAUUCGAUUUCUAUUCUUAGUUUCCACUUUACGCAUUGUCGCGAUCCGAUGUAAUUCGGAUACGGCAUACCAAAAAGGCGUUCAAAGAAAAUGAUUCCAUGAUAGGAAAAGAUUUAGUUUCUAAGGUUUUCAGACGCCCCGCUUCGAAUUGGAAAUUCAAUAUGUGUGAUAUAUACGCCUCGGAAGUGUUUCCUUAUGAGACAUAUAAUACCAUCCCCAAGGAGUGGUUUUGUCCUUUUUAUGAAUAAAACUGUCGUUUAUGUUACAAACAAAACAAAUAUGAAUAUACUACCUUUUUCAUUUUAGAAAAACAUAGAUUUAAGUUGGUAAUUAAUAAUUCUAGGGAAGCACUAGCCAGCUUAUCAAUACUCUUCCAGAAAUGUCGAGACAUGAGGCAAGAUUUCUAUUUCGAGUUUAUUAGAAAUCUUUAUUGGAACUAAGAAGCAACGAUUAGAUAUGGACAAACGACAUCAGAACCGGUGUGUAUAGAAAAGGGUGUACGACAAGGUUGUAUUUUGUCGCCAAUACUGUUCAAUAUGUACUCUGCGUACAUAUUUAACCAAGAGAUGACGAGGAGGGAAUAAAAAUUAACGGCAGGACAUUAAACAACAUACGUUAUGCGGACGACACGGUUAUCAUUGCAGACAAGAAGCCCUUCAACACCUAAUCAACAACCUUUUAUGUAACGCGACCUUGAACUUAAACUUAAGCAGAAACAUGGACAUUAAAAGUGGAUACCAUGUCCUGAUUCGAGGCUUUUGAAAUAUGGAUCUCAUGGACUCAAGAUAUACCUAACGAAGUGCUUAGACGUAUGGGAAAGGAAAGAGAGUUACUUACAACAAUAAAGAAAAGAAAGACCGCUUAUCUGGGCCACAUAUACCGUAAAAACAAGUAUGAUAUACUGAAAUAAAUAAAAGAAGGAAAAACCGUAGAAAAAUGUAGUCGCAAACAACAUUCAAGGUUAAAAACCAUACGCGAUUAGCAUGGUAUGAACACAUCAUCAUUAAUUCACACGCAGAUGGCACCUGAAGAAGAGAAGAAUCAGUCGAUAUUACGAUAUUUUGGCGACUAAACUGACAGUAAAUUUCAAAGACUUAUCUCACAUAUUUAAACAAGCAAAUUUAGGUAUAUAUACAGCGUUUUUCCAAUUUUUUGCGACUUUCAAAAUGAUUCAAACCUGAGUAAACAAAAUUUAUUAAUUUAAAGUCCAUGAACAAGCCUGUUAAUAUCUGGAAUACUUCCAGUUUUAUCACGUCUCUUUUCACUUAACUAAACAAUAGCUUCUUAUUCAGAAUCCGAUUAUGAUAUUCUCAGUUUGUCCCGGGUCAAAACUGUCUGUAAAAAAAGUGUAUAUAAAAACUUCCUCAACAUUCCAAAGGACCUUCCAACAGUAUCAGGACAUCUUCAUCUGUGAGUGAUGGAAGAACAGAAAUUUAUCAUCUAGAGAUAAUGUUCUUCUAUACUAAAAAUAUAAUCGAUGAAAAUACUUAUUUUCCAAAUAGAAUAUCGUAAUUUAAUCAAUGUCCUUACACGGAGUUGUCAAAACUGAACAUUUACCAAAGAGAACAUCGAUAAAAGGAUCAUAUUGAUGAAAAACAAAUGUAAAACAAGAAAGUGGUAAAGUGAAAGAGGAAAUAUCCUUAAACAAAAAACUAACGAAAGAAAAACACAUUAAUAAAGUGGAGACCGUGGAUGUACAAAAUGAAGUGGAGAGAACCACAAAUAUCUUGAAGAGAAUUUGAAGAUCGCUGAACCAAAAUGGACACAAUUCUUCCAAAUAGAGAAUCGUGAAGAAUGAAAAGGAAGGUCUGUAUUUUGAUGUAUGAUUUUUAUAUGAUAAAACAACUUGGGUUAUUUGGAGACUACUAAAACUUUUCUCCGUUCAAAUACGUUUUCCACUGAAAUUUUUUAAAAACAAAAUGUGAACCGUAUUAGUCCAGAAAAUAACGUCCCGAACAUAACAUAGAAAUAUGAAAAUUUUUAGUUUUCCUUGUUGUUUUUCAAAUUUGAAGCUGUAGUUAGUUCUAUAAAUUUACAAUAUCAGUUUCUGAUGUUUAGUAGUAGUACAGUUUACUUGUGUGGGCGUGAAUGUCACAGUGGAAUUCUCAACAGUUAUUUAAAUACUAGUAAUGUCAAUUUUUGGUUGUACUACCUCGUUUAAGCUCUGCCAACCAAUAUUUCAUUAUUGUGAACGACGGAGCAGUUAUUAGAAAAAUCCAAUGCAGAUGUUUUUAUGCUCAAUCUGAAGUAUUGUAUCAUAUAGAAUUAUCUAAAUUUGAUAUCUUGUGAUUCAAAUCAAUUUUGUACUUAACAUUGGAAUAUAGGAAUACACUAUUUAAUUGAUACCACAUUGGGAUUGAUUGGUCAGGCUGUAAACAUCAAUAAUUUUUUAACAACAUGCCUUUAAGAAAGAUACAGUGUUAAUAGUCAGGCUCCGACAUAAACAAUAAUUGUAACAUGUCAUUAGGUCUGUUACGUUCUUCCUCCAAUAUUUUAAUAUUCCUUAGUUCACUUAUUGUGUUACAGUAGUCACUUCAGACUUAUUUCUUCUAACGUCCUACUCCAUUCGAAGAAUUUAAUAAAACCUCAAUGUCGUUGCUAAAACGUCCUCUAACUACAUUUACCACAAAGUUUACUAUAUUUACUCUGAUUUAAUUUUUUUAUAUGUCUUUUUCUCUUCAAUUAUCGAUAGUAAAUAGAGGAUGUUUUAGCAACGACUCUGAGGUUUUAUUGAAUUCUUUGAAUGGAGUGAGAGGUCGAUAACAAAAUAAUAAUAAAUAAGGAAUAUUUAAAUAUUUGAAGAACACAACAGGGUUAUUUUGAUAUGUUACGUAAUAAUCUUUAAUAUUUAGUUAAUAAUUAUUGAAAAAAUGUUUUAAUUAGUACUUUGACGUUAUGUAAAACGUAAUUAUGUAUGGUAGAAAUAAGUAUUUUCUAAAAUAAUUGCCCAAUUGGUAGCUCAAAUAUAUCAUAUUCAAUAAAUGUUUAUCGCAAAUAGUUUUUCAAUGUUAUUAAUUAGAAUAAUAGAAUAUAGAAUAAUUGUGACUUCAAACACUCACUUACUCAAAAUACAUAAUUUUAGAAGUCUAAUGAAGUCUACAGUUCAGUAAAAUUGAACAUUUUGGUGAAAAUUGUAUUAUUUUUCAAUUAUAUAUGUAGUUAUAUAUUAGCUUAGAGCGCACCUAUGUACUUAAUAAUUUAAAUAAAAUAUAUAACUUUCAAUAAUAAUUAACAUAACCUUAAUACAAUUAGAAAUUUACAAAUCGUAGUUUCUACAUUAAGAACGUGUUAUUGACAAAUUUUUCUGCUGUUACAUAUGUCAAAAUCAAUUUUAAAAAAUGUAUAGCAGUUACUUAGUGUCCAGGCAAAACACAGUAUUUAGGAUAAAGAAAUUUUGAAGAAAAAUUAGCGAUUCAAUUGGACUCACAAUUACGUUAAUAUUAAUCAAGAAUUUAUUUCCAUACAUUACAUUCCAUUGUUUAAUAUUUAGGUAAUUUCAUUGGGAAAAAGCAUAACUUAACAUGUAGAUUAUCGUGACAUAUCUUUGAAUAGCAUUCGAAAAGUUUUUCAUACAUUCAUUAGUAUUAUGUGUAGAAAAAAGUCUGACAGCAAGUUUUUCAACAGAAUUAUUAUCAAUCGAUUAGUUUAUACUUACAUUACAUGUCUAAAACUAUUCAUUAUAAAAAAUACUAAUCCUAUCAAGAAGAAAAAUGAAGCCAACAUUUUGGAUUCCUUUAAACUUGGCCGGUAAUUCUGGAAACAAGAAAAAUAUUGAAAAUCUGAUUUGUGGACCCAAUUUUUAUAUUCGGAGUAGUAGAUUCAGUCAUUUGUCGAAAUAGUCAUCACAAAUUACCUUUUUCAUUAUCAGAAUAAACCUGUUGGUCCCAGUUUUCAUAUGCAUAAAACUGGAUCCAAUUUCCGUCGAAAGAAAUUCGAAAUAAUAUUUUUCAAGAAAAAUGAUCUCAUUUUCUAAAUUCAGAUCUUUAGAUAAAGUUUUUGUCUAAAUAUUCACAUCACAAAUUACCUUAUUAACACUUGGACUCAGUUUUAAGAAUCACAACUCUGGAUCGAGUCUUCCAUCACCUUUAUCAACAUCAGAACAAGCCUCAUCAUCCCAUUUAUUUAAAUUUAGACCACUGAAUCCAGUCAUUGUCAAAAUAUUAACCACAAACUACUUUAAUUAACACUCAAAAGACUUUUGGAUCCAAUGAUGACAAUCUUCGUCGUAUAUUUUUUAGAAAUGACAUAUAAUAGGAUUUUUAAAUUGAAUGAAAAUUACUGUAUUUUGUACUUGUUCUUGAAACAAUUCUAGGUUCGGUAGCAAUAAAGAAAUUCUUAUUUUAUAUAAAUUAUAUAUAAGUUUAGGGUUUAUCAUAAUCAUUUAAGUUACCAGAUGUACAACUUUUUUUGAAAUAUUAAUUUCAUUUUUAUCAAUUCUUUCUUUGUUAAACUUGAGUGUAUUUUUCUAACAUCAUCAAUAUUCUAGUCAUAAAUAUAUACUUUUCUUGAAAGGGUCAGUUUAAUAUUUGAAAAAAAAUCUAUUAAAUGAAUGAAUAAAACCUUUUUCUUAGUAAAAACAUAUAGAUCAAGCUUCUCUCAUAUUUUAUUCAAUAAUAUAGCGAGUCCUGGAGAAAACAGACUCAUGAAUUUCAUUUAAUUGAAUUUAAUAAGAAUGUCAUUCUGUAAUCCCUGAGAGAAUAUAACUUUCGAAAGUAUGAGAAUCAGUUUUCUGAACUUUUCAAAUUCCCAAUUCACAGAUAGUGCUGUAUUCGUUAAAUUCAAUAAAUAUUAAAUUAAAGUAUAUUGGCUAUAAAAGCAAAUAUAAUUACAAGCCGCUUGACAAGAUGCGAUACAACGUGCAAUGCAAUGCAAGAUGUUUCAUCUAAGAACUUGAUAUUAUCGGUUUUGUAUAGUUUUUAAUGCACGCAAGUUGCAAUCUAGUUACUUUUGGCAUAACAGAUCAUCGUAAAACUUAGCUUCGUUAUUUUCAUUGUUAAACUAUCUAUAAAAUAUUAGUAAAAAUUUGUUUACUUUUACUGUUUAAAGAGACUUGCAUGCAACUUCUUGCACGUUGUAUUGCAUUUUGUUUUAACGUUCUAAUCGUAGUUAGGCAUCUUCCCAAUGAAAAUUGAUAUUCUUUAAAUCUAUUUUAGUCAUAGUUAGCUUAGUUUCCAGUUAUUCUCUUCUAUUAUAUAGAAAUAAUAAUAUUUUAUAAUAGUGAUUCCUUUAUAGUUUGGAAGGAUGUUAACAUAUUUCAGAUUUUAGUUGUUUUUUAUAUAAUUAUUAACAUUAACAUCUUCUUCUACUGUAAUUUGACAAUGCAAGUGUUUUCUCAGUUCAGUUACGAAGAUUAUUAUUAUUAAUAUCCAAUGAAAGUUGUAGUACUUUCAUUUUUUUUUAUUAUAUAUUAGAGUAUUGCAAUAUAUGCUUUAGGCUUAAGUUAUGUGAUAUAUCUAUUCACUAUUCAUGAGCUAUAUAUACUAUUUAGAAAUAUUGUUAGUCUUAAUUUAUCUACUUACAGACUAUAGCCCUUAUCGUGACGUCCACUAGUUAUUAAUUUUUAUCUUAAUAUUAUUAACAAGUACUUUUAAUCCAAUAUUUCUUAUAAUUGUUUUAACUAAUAUUUUUAUGUUGAUUUUUUGUGUUUAAAUAAACUUUGUUAUACUCAA